AAUUAUGCAUUUAAGAAAUGUAAAGAUUCAAUAACAUCACUUAGAUUCGACAAAAAUAGUCAAAUUGCAAAAAUUGGAGAAUAUAGUUUUAAGAAUACAGCUCUUGAAAAAGCAGAUCUCGGUGAAUGCAAAGUGCUUAAGAUUAUCAAUGCGCAUGUCUUUGAAAACUGCAAAAACUUGAAAACAGUUAUACUUCCACCAAAUCUUGAAAGAAUUGGAAUAUCUUGCUUUUCUUACGAUCCAAAUCUAACAUCAUUAGAUUUACCGGAUUCUGUAUAUCUUAUUUCUGGCUUGGCGUUUUACUUUAGUGGCUUAACAAUAAUAAAUAUUUCAUCGAAUUCUAGCUUACAAAAAUUAAAUCAAGAAUGCUUUAAAAGCACAAAUCUUACUUCAAUUUUCAUUCCAAAAAAUGUAACAGAUAUCGGUUCUUCGGUAUUUUUAUGCUGUCAAAAUUUAGAAAAUAUAACAGUUGAUCAAGAAAAUGCAAAUUUUACAAGUGAUACUAAAUCUCUUUAUACAAGAACAGAUAAUUCAACAUUAAUUAAAGUUGUUGAAGCAUAUUCCGGCGCAUAUACUGUUGCGAGUUAUGUUACAACUAUUUCAGAAGAAUGCUUUUCUUAUUGUACAAAAAUUUUGUCAAUUCAAAUUGAUGAUAAAGUCAAAGAAAUUGGAAAGGAUGCAUUUUCAUAUUGUGAUUCUUUGACAAGUAUUAAAAUGCCAGGAAACAUAGAAAUAAUUCAAUCCGGUACAUUUCAAAAUUGUUCAUCUUUAAGAAGUAUUAAAAUUCCAGAUAGUACAAAAAUUAUUGGUGCAUAUGCAUUUAAAUUUUGUAAAUCAUUAAUAAGUAUAAUAAUUCCGCAAAAUGUAAAUGAUGUUUUAGAUUAUGCAUUUUCUUCUUGUUCAAAUUUGA